AUGAGGAUAUUUGUUUAUUCUCGUCCCCGUUCUCUGAAAUACCCUUCUCCCCGCUUGCUUCUGGCUGAAACAAAAUCUUCUUCUUCUUCGAUUUGGCGAGAGUUGUUGCGAGGAGCUGUCCAUUACUGCUUUGGUUCCCGUUUUCAUUUCCUAGCCUGGGUUUCUUUGGUUCCCGAUUUCAUUUCCCUCGGUGGCUUCGUUUCUCAUUUCAUUUUCCGUAGAGAGCUUCAAGUAAUGUUCUUUGAACUAGGCCUAGUAAUAUCUCAGUUCAUCAAUGAACUCAUCAAAAAAUCUGUUCAACAAGCUCGGCCCGAAACAUGUGCUCUUUUAGAAAUAUGUGAUUCUCACAAUUGGCCUUCGAGCCACUCCCAAUACAUGUUCUUUUUCACCGUUUACUUCACUCUCUUGACUUGCAAAGGGAUUGGUGGGAUUUGCAAAGCCAUGGCGACCAAGAGUAGCUGA